UAAACUUAUUAAAUAGUGUUUGGAAUGGAUUACUCGUUCACAAUUUUCGACACAGGACUUUUGAAGGCUGCGAACAAACAGGAAUCAGUUACGCCCGUAGUCGAGCAUCAAUUUUGUCGUGCUUGUCAAAAUAACAAGCGGCCAGUAGAAACGAGGACAGUGAAAACACAAUUUUCACCCGAAUAUCUGGGCAAGAAAAAUAACCAGAUUAACGUGAAACCCUUAUGGACAGAAGACGAGCUAAAGAUUUUGCGAAUGAAGUAUCAGCAAAUGGAUAAAGAGAAGUUCAGUCUGAAAAGUAGAAACAAAAUCAUGGAGGUCAAACUGGCUGAGUUAGAAAAAGAGUUGGUGUGUUCCAAGGCCCAACUUGAUGAACUUACGCGUAGAUUUGCAGAUAGUGGUAUUCGGAACGAGAUUAACCAAACAGAAAGUCAUCAAAACUCAAAAGAUGUCAAGACUCUAUUGUCAGAAGUAGAUUCAAUCAAAGCCGAAAAUGCAGGACUUAAGGAAUCGCUGCUUGAAUCGAAGACCUUAAACCGAAAGUGCGAAUCAGAAAUCAGAUUACAAAGAGAAGAUUUAACAAGAAUUAAAGAGAAAGUAAGGAUUCACGAAAAUGAUCAACAGAGGGCUGUUCAAAUGAGAGAGGAAUCACUUAACGCCGAGUUUUCCCUAGAGAGAUCGAAACUAAAGCAGGAAAUAGAUCACUUAGAGUCAGCUCUGAAAGCUGAAAGAAACAACCAUAUCAUAACAAAGCGAGCAUUGGAGCAGCUGCAGUUGCAUUUUGGGAGGCAGGAUACUUUAAUACGAUCAUCGUUGGAAAAAGAGUCCCCCAGAAAACAAAAGAGCUCGCGGACGCCUGAUACCUAUGAAAUAGUAUUUUGAGGACGGCCGAAUAAGAACUUGAACUGUGUAUUGUAUAUUUGUAAAUAAUCAAUUAAAGCUAGCGAUGUUGAUGUAUUGAAUGAAUAAAGGUAAUGAAGUUA